GGGGGAGAGGCUCCUCACAGCGGAAGGAGACGACGGAGCUCCCGCAGGACAAUGUGAGAGUUGAUCGGACGCAGUCAGCGAGCAGCCAGCCGGGAUGGAAGCGGGGACGGUGUAACGAGCCCCGGACCAGAACCAGAACCCGAACCAGAACCCAGCCGAAUAAAAAAGCGUUUUCCGGGCCCCAGGAAGCGGCCGCAGCGAUGGGAAUACUGCGCUGAGGAGGAGCCGCGGCGGCUGGGCCGAGAAUCGGGGAAAGAUGGGUGUCGAGCUGCGGACUCUGUUGUUGUGUACUUUUUGUUUCCUCAUACGAGGUGAACCCCUGCUGCUCUAUGCGAACCGGCGGGACCUCCGGAUCGUGGACGCGUCCCACGAGAAGGCCAACGCCACGGUGGUGGUGGGGGGGCUGGAGGACGCCGCCGCCGUGGACUACGUCUUCUCCAAGGGCCUCAUCUACUGGAGCGACGUGAGCGAGGAGGCCAUCAAACGGACCUUCUUCAACCAGUCGGGCGCCGGCCCGGUCCAGACCGUGGUGCCGGGCCUGACCUCCCCAGACGGACUGGCCUGUGAUUGGUUAGGGAGUAAACUUUACUGGACGGACUCAGAAACCAACCGGAUCGAGGUGGCCGAGCUGGACGGGUCUCUGAGGAAGGUCCUGUUCUGGCAGGAGCUGGACCAGCCCAGAGCCAUCGCCCUGGACCCGGAGAGAGGGUUCAUGUACUGGACCGACUGGGGCGAGGUCCCAAAGAUCGAGCGGGCCGGGAUGGACGGGACCAGUCGCUCCAUGAUCAUAGACAAGGAGAUCAACUGGCCCAACGGCCUGACGCUGGACUACAGCCAGCAGAAACUGUACUGGGCCGACGCCAAACACAACUUCAUCCACCGCUGCAACCUGGACGGGUCCUCCAGGGAGGUGGUGGUUAAGGGGGAGCUGCCUCACCCCUUCGCUCUCACCCUCUACGAGGACACGCUGUUCUGGACCGACUGGAACACUCACUCCAUCCACUCCUGCAGGAAGCAGACGGGCACCGAGCAGCGCGUCGUCCACGCCAACAUCUUCUCCCCCAUGGACAUUCACGUCUUCAGCCCCAAGAGACAAGUCCUCCAGAGUAGCCCCUGCUCCCUGAAUAACGGAGGAUGCUCCCACCUCUGCCUCCUCUCUCCUACGACGCCUUUCUACCGAUGCGCUUGUCCCACCGGAGUCCAGCAGCUGGAGGACGGGAAGGUCUGCAGAGACGGUCCGACCCAGAUGCUGCUGCUGGCCCGGAGGACCGACCUUCGGCGGAUCUCCCUGGACACGCCGGACUUCACCGACAUCAUCCUGCAGGUGGACGACAUCCGUCACGCCAUCGCCAUCGACUACGACCCGGUGGAGGGCUACAUCUACUGGACGGACGACGACGUGAAGGCCAUCCGCCGCUCCCUGCUGGACGGCAGCGACGCCCAGUUCGUGGUCACGUCUCAGGUCAACCACCCCGACGGCAUCGCGGUGGACUGGAUCGCCCGGAACCUGUACUGGACCGACACCGGCACCGACCGCAUCGAGGUGACCCGGCUCAACGGCACCAUGAGGAAGAUCCUGAUCUCCGAGGACCUGGACGAGCCCAGAGCCAUCGUCCUGGACCCCGUGGCCGGGUACAUGUACUGGACGGACUGGGGCGAGGUGCCGAAGAUCGAGCGGGCGGACCUGGACGGGACGGAGCGGGUGGUGAUGGUCAACACGUCUCUGGGGUGGCCCAACGGACUCGCCCUCGACUACGAGGAACGCAAAAUCUACUGGGGAGACGCCAAGACCGACAAGAUCGAGGUGAUGAACAUGGACGGGACGUCCCGCCGCGUCCUGGUGGAGGACAAGCUGCCUCACAUCUUCGGCUUCACGCUGCUCGGGGACUUCAUCUACUGGACGGACUGGCAGCGGCGCAGCAUCGAACGCGUCCACAAACGCACCGCGGAGAGAGAGUUCAUCAUCGACCAGCUGCCCGACCUCAUGGGCCUCAAGGCCACCUACGUCAACCACGCCCUCGGGACCAACCCGUGUGCUGAGAGUAACGGCGGCUGCAGUCACCUGUGCCUGUUCAAGCCUCAGGGCGUCCAGUGUGGAUGUCCCAUCGGCCUGGAGCUCAUCGCGGACAUGAGGACGUGCAUCGUCCCGGAGGCCUUCCUCCUCUUCUCCCGACACACCGACAUCCGCCGCAUCUCCCUGGAGACCAACAACAACAACGUGGCCAUCCCGCUGACCGGCGUCAAGGAGGCGUCCGCCCUCGACUUCGACGUCACCGACAACCGCAUCUACUGGACCGACAUCACCCUGAAGACCAUCAGCCGGGCCUUCAUGAACGGCAGCGCCCUGGAGCACGUCGUGGAGUUCGGUCUGGACUACCCUGAGGGGAUGGCGGUGGACUGGCUGGGGAAGAACCUGUACUGGGCCGACACCGGCACCAACCGCAUCGAGGUGGCCAAGCUGGACGGGCAGCACCGGCAGGUCCUGGUCUGGAAGGACCUGGACAGCCCCCGGGCUCUGGCCCUGGAUCCGGCCGAGGGGUACAUGUACUGGACCGAGUGGGGCGGGAAGCCCAAGAUCGACCGGGCGGCGAUGGACGGGACCGGGAGGAUCACGCUGGUGGCGGACGUGGGCCGAGCCAACGGACUCACCAUCGACUACGCAGAGCGGCGCCUCUACUGGACGGACCUGGACACUACGCUCAUCGAGUCCUCCAACAUGCUGGGUCAGGACCGGGAGGUGAUAGCCGACGACCUCCCUCACCCGUUCGGCCUCACCCAGUACCAGGACUACAUCUACUGGACGGACUGGAGCCAGCGCAGCAUCGAGCGGGCCAACAAGACCAGCGGCCAGAACCGCACCGUGAUCCAGGGCCACCUGGACUACGUCAUGGACAUCCUGGUCUUCCACUCGUCCCGGCAGGGCGGCUGGAACGCCUGCGCGUCCACCAACGGACACUGCUCCCACCUCUGCCUCGCCGUCCCCGUCAGCAGCUUCGUCUGCGGAUGCCCCGCCCACUUCUCCCUCAACUACGACAACAAGACCUGCAGCGCCCCCACCUCCUUCCUGCUGUUCAGCCAGAAGACGGCGAUAAACCGCAUGGUGAUGGACGAGCAGCAGAGCCCGGACAUCAUCCUGCCCAUCCACAGCCUGAGGAACGUCCGGGCCCUGGACUACGACCCGCUGGACAAGCAGCUGUACUGGAUCGACUCCAAGCAGAACGUGAUCCGCCGAGCGCAGGAGGACGGGAACCAGAGUAUGACGGUGGUGUCCGGGUCCCUGGGGGGGUCCGGGUCCCUGGGGGGGCCCAGCGGGGGUCUGCAGCUCUACGACCUGAGCAUCGACAUCUACAGCCGCUUCAUCUACUGGACCAGCGAGGUCACCAACGUCAUCAACGUGACCCGGACGGACGGCAGCCGGGUGGGCGUGGUCCUGAGGGGGGAGCACGACAAGCCCCGAGCCAUCGUGGUCAACCCGGAGCGGGGGUACCUGUACUUCACCAACCUGCUGGAGCGUUCUCCGAAGAUCGAGCGCUGCGCCCUGGACGGGACGGAGAGGGAGGUUCUGUUCUUCAGCGGCCUCGGGAAACCAGCGUCUCUGGCCGUGGACAACGAGCUCGGGAAGCUGUUCUGGGUCGACUCGGACCUGAGACGCAUCGAGAGCAGCGACCUGUCCGGAGCCAAUCGGAUCGUGAUCGCUGACUCCAACAUCCUGCAGCCGGUCGGCCUCACGGUUUUCGGGAACCACCUGUACUGGAUCGACAAGCAGCAGCAGAUGAUCGAGCGCAUCGAUAAGACCACGAGGGAGGGACGCACCAAGAUCCAGGCCCGGAUCGCCUACCUCAGCGACAUCCACGCCGUCCACGAGCUGGACAUGGCCGAGUACAGUAAACAUCCGUGCACACUGGAUAACGGCGGCUGCUCUCACAUCUGCAUCGUGAAGGGGGACGGGACGACUCGGUGCUCGUGUCCAGUCCACCUGGUCCUGCUGCCGGACGAGUUGUCCUGUGGAGAACCCCCCACCUGUUCCCCGGAGCAGUUCUCCUGCACCUCUGGGGAGGUGGACUGCAUCCCCCAGGCCUGGCGGUGCGACGGUUACCCCGAAUGUGACGACAGCAGCGACGAGGACGACUGUCCCGUCUGCUCCGAGGACCAGUUCCAGUGCGACAGCCGCCAGUGCAUCGACCUGAGCCUCCGCUGCAACGGGGACGUCAACUGCCAGGACCGGUCCGACGAGAACAAGUGUGAAGUGCGGUGUCCGGCCGACCAGUUCACCUGCUCCAACGGUCAGUGCAUCGGGAAACACAAGAAGUGUGACCACAACACGGACUGUAGCGACAACUCGGACGAGAUCGGCUGCUACCCCACCGAGGAGCCCCCGCCCCCUCCCAACAACACCAUCGGCUCCAUCGUGGCGGUGGUCAUGGCUCUCUUCGUGGUGGGGGCCAUCUACUUCGUGUGCCAGCGCGUCCUCUGUCCUCAGAUGAAGGAGGACGGGGAGACGGUCACCAACGACUUCGUGGUCCACGGCCCGUCCUCGGUGCCUCUGGGAUACGUCCCCCACCCCAGCUCGCUGUCCAGCUCGCUGCCAGGGAUGUCCCGGGGCAAGUCAGUGAUGGGUUCUCUCAGCAUCAUGGGGGGCAGCAGUGGCCCCCCCUACGACAGAGCUCACGUCACCGGAGCCUCAUCCAGCAGCUCGUCCAGCACCAAAGGGACGUAUUUCCCCCCGAUCCUGAACCCUCCUCCGUCUCCAGCCACCGUUCGUUCUCAGUACACUAUGGAGUUCGGUUAUUCCUCCAACAGUCCGUCCACUCACAGGUCCUACAGCUACCGCCCCUACACCUACCGCCACUUCGCCCCCCCCACCACCCCCUGCAGCACCGACGUAUGUGACAGCGACUACACGCCGGGACGCCGGGCGCCGCCCAAGUCCAACGGCUCGGCCGCCGCCGCCGCCACCAAGGGCUACACCAGCGACCUCAACUACGACUCGGAGCCUUUCCCGCCCCCGCCCACGCCACGCAGCCAGUACCUGUCGGCGGAGGAGAACUGCGAGAGCUGCCCCCCGUCGCCUUACACCGAGCGCAGCUACUCCCACCACCUCUACCCGCCGCCGCCGUCGCCAUGCACGGACUCGUCCUGAGCCGCACAAGCUCCGCCCCCUCACUGUAAAUAGCAAUUGUGCAUAAAUGAGGAAUAAAAACGGGAAAGAGAGACUGAGGAAGAGGAGAUCAAAGGGAAACCAGGAGCUGCAGAAUUUUUGUACAUUGAAAGAGAGAGAAGCAUAUUUAUAUAUUUUCUAUACAGUGUUUACUGAUGACGUCAUAGAGGUUUGUAUUAAGACAUUUGUACAUUUUUUAAGAAAAGGUUUUAUUAAAAUCAUCACAGAUCUAAGUUGCCUUAAAGCAGGAGAGGAGGAGAAGCUGAAGGACAUUUAACUUAUCUGAUGCCAAAUAUGACCGGAGGAGGAGGCGGGGCAGAGACGAGCUCCUCCCCCCGCCGCCGCCACGCCGCUCGGCCGCCAUCUUGUCGGUACUGGCUCCGUGCUCGGACUCGUCCUCUUGUCGUGGUUGAGAGGACGAGUCGUGAGCAGCGACUGAAAGGCACAUAUCACAUAUUUAUUGGUGGACGAGUCGUCUCCUCCGGCCCCCGGGGGGAGGAGAGGGAGGAGGGGGAAGGAGGGGGGAGGAGGGGGAGGCGGGAGGCGGGGGAGGCGGCGUGACCCACAUCCAGACGUCCAGACCUGGUGUGGACGUCCAGGAUGGAAACCAAAAGCUGUGGUCCUUCAGCUGGAGGACUGUGUGCCUGCCUGCAGCAUCAUAGUAUUUUUGUACCGUAUAUUGUGUAGAUAUCGUAUUUAUAAGCUACUCUAGAGAAUCAGUGUAAAUCUCUCCAUUCAGCCUCGCACUACCUUUCAUUCCCUCUUUUUUUAUAUCGCCUCAUUAUAUUUUUCUACAGACGCUAAUGGUGACAAUCUCAGAUCAGUCCACAGCAACACGUCCACGUCUGGGACCGGGACCUGGACUGGGGACCGGGACCGGGGACCUGGACCGGGACCGGAACCGGGACCGGGGACCUGGACCUGGACCGGGACCGUGACCGGGACCCGGCUUUAAUUCUCCAACGUUCACAUGUUUGAGCCUCGGAGCUGAUUCAGAUCUUUAGUCUCUGUCAUAACGUUUGAUGUUGAGAUUCUUUGGUUUCAACGGUUUUUGUUUGUCCUGGUUCUGGUUCUGGUUCUGGAUCGUAUUCAGAUCAGACGUCGUGUCUUUCAAACGUCACCAGCAUAAACCUGAAGACAAUCUGACACGUUUGGUCCAGAUCCUCAGAGACGAGCGAUCGCUUCAACUUUCACUUUCUCCCAAUGAAUCUCAUUAAAACCUGGACAUUUGUCUCGUCCCAGUCCUCGUCCCAGUCCUCGUCCCAGUCCUCGUCCCAGUCCCCGUCCCCGUCCCCGUCCCCGUCCCCGUCCCAGUCCUCGUCCCAGUCCUCGUCCCAGUCCUCGUCCUCGUCCCCGUCCCAGUCCCCGUCCCAGUCCUCGUCCCAGUCCUCGUCCCCGUCCUCGUCCCCGUCCCUGUCCUCGUCCUCGGCUCAGAUCUACCUGUGGUACAUUCAGCUCAUCUUCUCUGGGACACGUUCUCGUUUCCUGACUGCACUUUACAGGAUUUUAUUGUUUUUUUUAAUUUCGGUACAAAAAGAAAAAACUGAACAAAAAUAGAAGAAGAAGAAGAAGAAGAAGCGUCGCGGCCGAGUGGAACGAAGAGACAGUGAAGCAGAUUAGACUGAAAGCAUCUUUUAUUGGUCGUGUUGUGACGAGUCACAGCUUUUUACACUAACUCCAUCUGAUCUGAUCUAAAAUGAGGAUUUUUGAUAAAAGAUGAUUAUUUUUUACCAGCUGACGAGCAGGAGGUUUCCAUGACAACGGUUUGACAGAUGUUUGUGGUGAACGUGGAUGAAGAUGGUCACAGGAAGUAGAAAUGUUUAAAAAAAAAAACACUAAAAGAAAAUGGUUGAAACGGUCAUUUUUAAAAUUUAAAAGCACUUUUGUCUCCGGGUUAUUUUUUAUUUUUAAGGGUCGACAGGAAACAGACGCUGGUGUUUCCUUGGUGUCGAUCUCAUGGUGCUUCUGUCGGGACAAACCAACAUUUGGUUUGUCGCGUUUAAUUUCCUCUGACUGGACGUUUGUAUGACUUUACCUGUAAACCUGACUCCAGAUGGACCUGUACAGCCCAUCCAGCUACUCACCAGCUGAUGUAACUCAUCAAAUGCUGAUUAUUUUCUUUUCUUUUUGUUAAAUAUAAAGUGAGUGAACUUCUCCCUCA